ACUGCAUCGAGAGCCAUGCAGUUGGCACAAGUUCCUGCGGCCGCUUUGAUGCCCGAGCUGGGUUACUGGUUGCCUUGUAGGAGGCCUUAUCUGGGAAUACAGUCAUGUGGCUUCUGUCUAUAAAGCCCAUGAUCAUUUCAGACUUGAGAUACCAGCAAUACAAGAUCAUCUCCUCGCUUUCAAGACAUCAUUACCAGCCAUCAUAUACACACACCUCUUGAACGUCAUCCAUCCUCUUUCAGCUCAAAUCAACCACCAUGGCUGUUAUCACCGGAACUCCCCCGGACUCAGACACCGAGGUCAUCGUGUCCGUCGACGAGUCCGCGGCUUCAGCUGCUGACGACAAACCCUCGGCCAUGGACGGCGAGACGGAAAACACGCCAACGCCAGCGGACGACGGUGCAGACACCGCUGAACCCGAGGUCAAGCCAUCUGCGGACGUAAAGGACGACGAACCCGCUAAACCCGCAACAGUCGAGGAGAACGAGCUCGAGCCCGAGCCCGAGCCGGAGCAAGUGGACGGCAGCGGCGUCCAGAAGCUCUACCGACACGACUGUCACUACGAGUGCUGCCCGUCGCGCUGGUCCAAGUUCGCGACGCACCAGGACGAGCAGAACGCGCUCGAGGCCGAGGUGCGCGCGGUGCCAAUCGUGCAGCGGCACGCCUUCAACAGCGACAAGGAGUGGGUGACCGUGUCGUUCAACGUCCACUGCCCGCACAUGCGCGCCUUCCUGGCCGAGGCGCUCGCCAGGUACCAGGACCUGGACCUGGACCUCGAGGGCUGGACCUUCUCGCCGCCCUACAAGCCGCUGGUGCACCGCUGGGACCGCAUCCUGGCUUUGCACCGCCAGAUCCGGAGCCAGUCGGAGGAGGGUGACGAUGACAAUGACAAUGACAAUGACACCGAGGAGGGAAAGAACAAGAAGAAGGCCGCCGUGGACCAGCUGGUCGACUUCCUGCAGCCCAUCCUGGCCGGGUCCAUCGAGGACCUCACGAGCACGCGAGACACGGGCACGAUCCGGUACGACAUGCUGUGGCAGAUCUACCCGCCGGGCGAGCAGGUCCUGACCAAGUUCUACGGGGUCGACACCAUCUGCCGCGUGGUCAAGUAUCACAAGUCGCAACGUCGCCGCUGCUGGAUCAUCACGCUGGAGUAUGUCGACUGGGACGGCGAGCGCUGCGGCCUGCGGACCACCGAGGUCCGGAUCCCGCUCUACUCGGGCCUGCGCCGCGUCACCUCGUUCCCGGCCUAUCCUCUGUCUUUUGCCGAGAAGCCGGAGGAGAUCAGAGAGGCCAUGAUGGCGCGCGGCCGCCGGUUUCAGGAGUUGAGGGGCUAUCAUUUUCUGAGCUAUGAGGGUGUCAAGAUCUUGACCGAGUCUAAUUUGCAGCAGCCUAUGUCCGGCAGGGUCGUCAUCGACACCUACGCCUACUACAAGAGCAACAACCUGGUCAAGCCGGAGAUGGGCUCGUUGGGCUGCACCACCUCCACCACCACCACCACGACGAAUGAAACGGCGGCCGCCGGCGACGACGGGGACGCGGCUUCCGAGUAUGGCGAUGGCGACGACAAUGCCAACGCCAACGACAUGUCUGCCGUGGCCAACAACCCCGCGGCCAGCGAGCGGGUCGAGGACUUGACGGAGCUGUCUGAUGAGCAUUGCCUCCUGACGACCCCGUGGCUGAUCGGGUUUGAUCUCAAGGCCAAGACUUGGGGUCGCUUCCUCAUCGACAAGCUGGGCGAGGUCGUGUGGAACGACAAGGCCUAUGACAACCUGGUCCUGCCCGGCGGCGAAAAGGAGCUGGCCUGGGACUUUGUCCAGAGCAAGAGCCGGUCCAACGAGGUCAUUGACGAUUUCGUGCCUGACAAAGGCCGCGGCCUCAUCAUCCUCAUGUUUGGCCCGCCCGGCGUUGGCAAGACCUACACCGCCGAGGCAGUGGCCGAGAAAGCCCGCGUGCCCCUGUACCUCGUGAGCGCCGGAAUGCUGGGCACCAGCCCGGAGGUGGUCGAGCCGGCGCUAGACCACGCGCUCGAGCUCUGCCGGAUGUGGAACGCCAUGCUGCUCCUGGACGAGGCCGACGUCUUCCUAGGCGCCCGCCUCGACGACAGUCUGACGCGCAACGAGCUAGUCUCGAUCUUCCUCACCAAACUAGAAUACUACCAAGGCAUCCUCUUCCUCACCACCAACCGCUUCUCGCGGAUCGACCACGCCUUCCAGUCGCGCGUCGACCUGUUCCUGCCGUACCACGACCUGGACGCGGCCACGCGCACGCAGGUGUGGCACAACUUCCUGGAGCACUUUGGCGGAGCCGACAAGUUCGACGUCACGCCCCGGGACGUCGCCGACCGCUUCGCGGCGCUGCCGCUCAACGGGCGCGAGAUCAAGAACCUGCUCAAGAGCGCCCAGCUGCUGACGGCCAGGAGGGAGGGCGGCAAGGUGAAGGCCGAGACGCUCGCGCUGUUGGCCGAGAAGAGGGUUGCUGCGUUGCGGAUGUUGGAGGAGAGGCAUGUUUCGGUGGGGAGAUGAGAUUUUGUGUGUGGUAGUACUGUAUAGUGUGAUACCGCGGUAGUAGUAGCAGCUACAGUGACUGCUGAUUGUUUCAGUGAAAGGGUAGUGACGUUUAAGUUAGGUAUAUUAGCGGUGGGUUAUUGGACAAGUUGUGGAAAUUGAAUGACACGCUCAAGACAAAUGAAGUGGACUGGGAGCAUGUGUUGUCGACAGGGGCUGCUGUCCUGUCCGUCACUGGACCACUUUAGUUCCCGAGAGCUGGGCGACACGUUUGACGUUUCUCCGUUUGAUGAAGAGCUGAUUGAGGACAGGUAAAUACCUUGGAAAAUACUGCCAUGAUUUUGUGGGUGACGGUG